AUGAGUGCAAAGCGCAAACGAAUUGUGGUUUCGAUGGAUACACGUUUAAAAGUGCUAAGGCGGAUUGAUAAUGGUGAAUCCGUAGCGAAAAUAUGUGCAGAAUUUAAUGUUGGAAAAAGCACUGUAAAUGACUGGCGAAGAGAUAAGCGUUCCAUUGAGGAGUUUUGCCCGAAAAUGGAAUCUGAUAGAAAUCUGGGUAGCCGUUGUACGAGAAAAAAACCAAUUUGCGAGGUCGUCCAUGAAGCUUUGUGGAUCUGGUUUCUUCACGAGCGUCGAAGAGGUACACCGAUUGGCGGCCCAAAUUUGAAAGAAAAAGCUUUGGCUAUCCACCAGAAGAUUAAUAUUGGAGGUGACUUUGUGGCAAUCGAUGGAAGAAGCGACACGGAAUUCAUUUCGCACAUGUAA